AUGGAAACUGACCAUAGAAUAAGAAUGUUGGAAAUAGAAAAUUUACCAUUUGUUCAGGUUCCGUCUGUUCUUCCUCCAAUUACCAACUCUGAUCGAAUGUGUGUAGUUUGCUCUAUUUCAGAGAAAACGCAUGCGUUCAUACCAUGUGGACACAUAGCUGUGUGUGGUGAUUGCCUAAUAUUAUUGGACCCGCAACGCUGUCCAUUAUGUAACCAGCAAUUUACAGCAUUUUUAAGAAUUUGGUCAUAA